UUUAAAAAAAAAAAAUCAACAGGAAAUGGAAUCGAGAGUUCUUUUGUUUAUUUUUUUUUUGACGCAACACGAAUCAUGUCGACGACCUGAGCGCUCCAAAUCAUCACGUUUGUUCGUAUUCAGUCUCUCUAUUUCAGUAUUUGCUCACAAUACACCAAACGCCAGCGUUUAUUUAUUUUUUGUGCCCCUAGCUCGCAUAAAAGUAGAUGCUGGGCUGGUUAGCCUAGCCCGCUAGCCGCGAGGCUAACUCCGGAAGUUAGCGAGCGUUUUUUUUUUUUUUUUCUUUCGGAAAUGUGCAAAGUGCGAAUGCUGAGAGCUUUGGUGAGCGAGCGACUCAAUGCCGCCGUGGAGGAGAUAUUCAGACUGUUCGAACGGACGCUCGCGGAGUACGAGGAGGAACUUUGCCGCUCCAAGGAGGAGAUCGAGAGGCAGCGGCGACUGCUGGACGCCCGCGAGCUUCCGGUCGGCUUCGACCCCGCAGACAUCCGGCCAUGUCCAGUAGAAGUCCUUUGCGAGUGUCAGGAGGAGCCCGCUAGCGUCAAGGAGGAGGACGGGGACGAACCCGAGUCCCCCGACCUGAAAGAUCGGGCGGUCGAGGGUCCGCCGGAGCCCGACGUCGUCACCCAGUUCCACGUGAAGAGCGAAGACGAGGGAGAGGAGGGUCAGUGGUCGCAUCUCAGGACGGGAAGCGAGGGAGCCCCGGCGGACAGCCCGUCGGACUGCGAGGACACGCCGUCGGAAUGCAACGAGACGGACGACAGCGACGAAACGGGGGAAGCGUCCAAGGCCGGCGGCGGCAAAGCGCCCAAAGGCGACAAGACCUUCGUCUGCUCCCUCUGCGGCAAAAGCUUCAGUCGCAAGGACAGCCUCAUCCGACACGUCCGAGGCCACACGGGCGAGAAGCCCUUCGCGUGCUCCACUUGCAGCAAAAGUUUCAAAUACCGCUACGAGAUCAGCCGCCACAUGAAGAUCCACACCGGCGAGAAACCCUUCAGCUGCUCGGUCUGCGGCAAGACGUUCGGCCGCAGGGAGCACCUGCUGUCGCACAUGCGCAGGCACACCGGGGAGAGACCGUUCAGCUGCUCCAUGUGCGGCCGGGGCUUCAGCCAGCGCUCGCACUUGACGGCGCACUCGCGGACGCACACGGGCGUCAAGCCCUUCGCCUGCAGCGUCUGCGGGAACAGGUUCUCCCUCAAGUGCGUUCUCGUCGCGCACAUGAGGACGCACACGGGCGAGAAGCCGUUCACGUGUGCCGUCUGCGGGAACAAGUUCACGCGCAAGCGGCACCUGUCGAUGCACACCAGGCGGCACGCGGGCGAAAAAAGCGACCAGACGCCGUGCGCCUGAGCCCGGCGAUUUGCUCGAAGCGAGCGCUUGUGCCGCCCCGGGCGGGACACUUUUAAAAUUCGGCGGACUGGUACAGCAGUUUUCCCUCGGACCGCCUCAAAAUUAAUUAUACGCCUCCUAAUUGAUCUAUUCUACUGUGAUCAACAGAAAUCUGCCCUGAAAAGAUCUGUAAUUGCUUGCUGAUGCCACAAGACGGCAGCAACGCGCUACUUAAACGAAACGAAACUAAUUGCAGUGUAGCUCCGUCGCCUGGAGGUGGCGCCAAAGCGAGACCUUUAUUGCUUCCUUUGCCUUGAACACUAAAAGUUUUGAAGUUUUUCCAGCAAGUCCCAACAAAGGAUGGUUAGGGGAGGGAAAUGGUGGACUGUAACACCAUUAAAAAAAGAAAAGACAAUAAUCUUGUAAAAUUAUGUAUACUAUGUAUAUUGUAAUACAAUAUCCCUCAUAUACAGCUGCUGUUGGAACGUGUACUCAAUACUUUGUAACCAAAUAAACAGGUUCUUUUAUCGGGA